AUGCUGUCUACUAGUGCUGCUGCUCAGCUUCCCUGUUGCUGGUACCGCAUUCCCAGCCAUCUUAAUGUCCAUCAUCGUACCCGACAAAAGAGAAAACUCACCACUCUAUCACUUGCCAAUGCAGAUAACCAAAUCCCUCUCAGAAACUUCUACAGUCUAAGUCUUCCUCCGACAUACAGUUGCUGCAACGGGAUAGAAAGCAAUUACAAGUCUAGAUACAAUUCCGGUUCAGAUCAGAACGACAGAAACCUAUUCCUUAUUAAAUUCUUCUCACUUGCUGACUCAGAAGACACCAGUAAUCAAAAUCUAGAAAACAAAAACCACAAUCAACAUCAAGUAGACAGACAAGGGGAAUUCAAGGAAAACGACACAAAGAGUGCACUUUUCACUAAGAUGUGGUGGUUUGAUUUGAAAGCGGCAUUCGGCCAAAGCAUCAACUUUGAGGGCAUUCUUUGUUCAACUAUGGUGAUCUUAAAAGACCCACAUUUGGCACUGCCCCAUAUUUCAGUUCGUGAUAUAAGAUACAUUGACUGGGCUGCUCUACGUCGAAAGGGAUUUAAGGGUGUUGUCUUCGACAAAGAUAAUACUAUUACAGCACCCUACUCUUUAACUCCCUGGCCUCUGCUCGAGUCUUCACUGGAAAGUUGUAAAUCAGAGUUUGGUCAGGAUAUUGCUGUAUUUAGUAACUCAGCUGGACUUCGUGAGUAUGACCAUGAUGGUUCAAAAGCUAGGAAUCUCGAGAGUGCAAUUGGAAUUAAAGUUAUCAGACACAGGAGAAUUGACUCUGCGAUAAUUGUUGAUAUGUGCAAGUUUGCUGCUGCAGGAGUGAAGAAGCCAGGUGGCACAGCUGAAGAAGUUGAAAAGCAUUUUGGCUGUGAUUCAUCACAGUUAAUCAUGGUGGGUGACCGUCCCUUCACUGACAUAGUCUAUGGCAAUCGAAAUGGAUUUCUUACUAUCUUGACAGAGCCAUUGAGUCUUACCGAGGAGCCAUUUAUUGUUAAGCAGGUGAGGAAGCUAGAAACCACAUUUGUAAAUUACUGGUCUAGAAAAGGAUUGAAGCCACUUGAGCAGAAGCUAUUGCCAGAUCCCAGAUAUUGUGUCAAAGAGCCACGUCCUUGA